UUGUCAUUUUAGGAGCUGAAUUACACAAAAGCCUUUUUGUUUAAUCCUAGUAGGCAAUGAUGAUGAGUUGUAGUGAAUGCUAAGACAGGUAAGGUUGACAUCCGGCGACUCUCACUCUCACUGUCCAUCGUCUAUCUAAUCUAACCAAAAUGAUAAAGGCGGUGAUGGUGAUUAGCACCACCGGCAAGCCUCGCUUUUCCAAAUUCUACGAAUCCCAGUCUCCGGAAAAGCAACAAGAGUUCAUUCGUCAAGUCUAUGCAGUGCUGAGCAACCGGCCUGGAGAUGUAAGCAACUUUGUACAGGGAAUUGGAUCAGUCUUCGGUUCGGAUACACAGCUUGUAUACAAACACUAUGCUACCUUAUACUUUGUAUUACUAUUUGAUAAUUCUGAGAAUGAACUUGCUAUGCUUGAUCUAAUACAAGUUCUUGUGGAGACAUUGGACAGAUGCUUCAAAAAUGUUUGUGAGCUUGACAUCGUAUUUAAUUAUAGCAAGAUGCAUGCUAUCUUAGAUGAAAUUAUUUUGGGAGGUCAAGUUCAAGGAACAGAUUCUUUUGAGCUUAUGAAGGCUGUUGAAGAAAUCACAAAAUUAGAGUCAGCCUCGACCGCAAGCAAAAUAGUGGCCAAAUCUGUUUCUUCUUGGUGGGCUAGAUAGUACUUGACAGACGCAACCAUUACGCAUUUACCCACUGCACGGAUUUCCAUACCUUGAAGUAAACUUUGGUUAUCAAGUAUUCCCCCGGGGAUUCAUAGAAGCUGAUCCUGCCAUAUUAAUCACAUGAAGGUAUAGAACCAUCUGCAAUGCUGCGAUGUUGUAGAUAUUUUAGCGAGUGCAAACUUACUGCCCCACGGCGUCACCGGAUCAUCUGAAGAAGUGAAAAUUGACAUUGUUGCCUGUUCAUCUUGAAUUGUAAUGUUAAGAUUUUUUGUGUAAUAAUAAGAAUCACAAUGACAGAAGUUGCCGGUGUUACCAACUUGAACAGGCGUUUUGGGAAAUGCUGUAAAGUUCAAUAGCGGCAUGGGACUGUGAAACAAUCAAACUAAAGAUCAGGUGGAAUCAA